UAGUGACAGCGCGCGCGCAGCGGUUGACGUGACGUCACGUGACCGCGGCCGCGAACGACACGUGACCGAGGCGCGUAUAUACGCGUCGACGGGCGCUAAAAUUCGCCACUUACUCUUUCGGUCCUUUGCGACAAGGUUCUCCCGUUUGUGCCGGAGAGAUACAUACCAUCGGCAUCCCCGAUUGCACCCCCUCUCGAGCUCUCCUUUUCGCCGUAUUAUCCUCCUGUCAGCGGCCCGUUCGAUUGAUCUCGCGCGAUCGAGAGAGAACGAAGGUAAGGAACGCGAUCUUUCUCACGCGCGCAAUAUAUGCGAUGAGAAUGGAUUCGGAGCGUCUCGAAAAAACCGAAGUCCGUCUCUGAUCGCGCUCUUUCGCUAUCGUUUCCCCGCGAGAGUACCCUCAUCUUAAAAUGCGCGAGCUCUCGCGAGCGGAACGACGCGGGUGGCUUGCGCGAUCCGCCUGAGAGAGGAAUCUGACCCACGCGCGUCUUCGAGAUCAUCGUUCGACUUGUUCGCAUAUACGAUAACGUUAGGAAGAAAGAUCUUCCGCGGGAGAUUUCGAAAGAGAGUCCCUGUAAAAUACGACGCGGGGGUGGGAGAGGCUCGAGGAGAGGAAAGACAAGGGACGACGAAACGGGCAUGGGUCUGACGGAUACCAGUUUCGAGCUACUCUUGACCCUGUGGCGAGUCUUCGUCGUGGGAGUCCUGCCGUGGACUGAGGAGCCGCGCGGUCAGUGUCGCGGGGUCUCGCCGAGCUGCAACAUUCACGGCGACACCGUCGCUCGUUAAUCGUUCUCGGCGUGAUACUCGAUAUCCGAAGGAUGUCGUUGACGGUGGUGAAGAAUGUCGUGAAGGGCGGCGGCGGCGGCGGCGGUGGCGGCGGCGGCGACGACGGCGACGGCGGCGACGGCAGGGAAACUUGGUCGGGGAAGCUGGAUUUCUUGCUCUCGGUUAUCGGUUUCGCCGUCGAUCUCGCCAAUGUAUGGCGAUUCCCGUACCUUUGCUACAAGAACGGUGGUGGCGCAUUUUUGGUCCCCUAUUGCGUGAUGUUGGUGGUCGGCGGUAUUCCUCUGUUUUACAUGGAGCUUGCACUUGGUCAGUUUAACAGAAAGGGUGCUAUCACGUGCUGGGGUCGACUUGUGCCGCUUCUCAAAGGUAUCGGAUACGCGGUCGUCCUGAUCGCGUUUUACGUUGACUUUUACUACAACGUUAUCAUCGCCUGGUCGCUCCGAUAUUUCUUCGCCUCGUUUUCCACGAUGUUACCAUGGACUACGUGCGACAAUCCUUGGAAUACGCCGUUGUGUCGCGAAUUAGACGCGAACAUCUCGUAUGCUUUUGAGGAUGUAAUGACCAGCGACGAGGUAAACGAGAAUAUUGGAAAUGUCACCCGAUUCUUGAUCGAUCAAAGAUCGGACGCUGCUCCAAAGGAUAACCAUACGAGCGCUGCGCAUGAAUACUUCAACCGCGCUAUCUUGGAGCUGCACGAAAGCGAGGGCUUACAUGAUCUCGGAGCCAUUAAGUGGGACAUCACGCUAUGCUUGCUCGUAGUCUAUCUGGUCUGCUAUUUUUCUCUGUGGAAAGGCAUCUCGACUUCCGGCAAGGUGGUCUGGUUUACCGCUCUCUUCCCUUAUGCAGUCUUGCUGAUUUUGCUAAUAAGGGGUGUCACUCUGCCGGGUAGUACCGAAGGGAUCCGUUAUUAUCUUAGUCCAAAUUUCACCGCUAUCACGAAAGCAGAGGUGUGGGUGGACGCCGCGACGCAGGUAUUUUUCUCUCUAGGACCAGGAUUCGGAGUUUUGCUGGCUUACGCGAGUUACAACAAGUAUCACAACAAUGUUUACAAAGACGCCCUAUUGACGAGCCUGAUUAACAGCGCGACGUCCUUCGUCGCUGGAUUCGUUAUAUUUUCGGUGCUCGGUUACAUGGCCCAUGCCAGCGGAAAAUCCAUCCAGGAUGUCGCUACGGAAGGACCAGGUUUGGUCUUUAUCGUCUAUCCGGCAGCCAUCGCCACUAUGCCCGGUUCGAUGUUUUGGGCGCUCAUCUUUUUCAUGAUGUUACUCACACUCGGUUUGGACAGCUCGUUCGGCGGUUCGGAGGCGAUUAUAACGGCACUCAGCGACGAGUUUCCAAUAAUCGGCAACAAUCGUGAGAUUUUCGUGGCAUGCUUAUUCACUCUAUACUUUCUGGUUGGACUUGCCUCUUGUUCGCAGGGCGGAUUUUACUUUUUCCACUUGUUGGAUCGAUACGCGGCCGGAUACUCGAUGCUGUUUGCCGUUCUGGCAGAAACCAUCGCGGUCAGUUGGAUCUACGGAACAGACCGAUUUUGCGCCGACAUUAAAGACAUGAUCGGAUUCAGGCCCGGCGUCUACUGGCGCGUAUGCUGGAAAUUCGUAGCACCACUCUUUCUGAUGUUUAUUAUCGUCUACGGUCUAAUGGGCUACGAACCAUUAUCGUACGAAGGUUACGUUUAUCCGGUUUGGGCAAAUGUACUGGGCUGGCUGAUCGCGUGCUCUUCUAUCGUCAUGAUCCCAGGUAUGGCAAUCUACAAAAUCAUCACCACACCCGGAUCCUUCGUUCAAAGGUUAAAGAUCCUGACGACACCGUGGCGGGACACGCAGCAUCAGAGGAAUGAUUUGUCCUCGGUGGCGAAUGGCGCUAUUCGUCGAAGUUUCUUGGCCGAGCAAGAUUUUGAAAUUACCAAGGACCACGAAUUAACCAAGGAACAGACGGAGGUAAUGAUUCAAUCUCGAGAGGGUGUCAAGGAGAAUGAUCCGCCCCCCGAGCCAGUCUAGGACAGUGCGGUUGUGAUUUUGCACGGUGCCCGGUUCCAAGUAUACCUCUGCUAGAGGACGAUCGCCGAGCAAGGUCCUAUGAUGAUAAUAACAAUUCAAAUAAAGACAAGGAUCAAUCUUUUA